AUACACACAAGAAAGUACAGUAUAGUAUAGUAGCGGCGGAUCUUUGGUUGGCCAGUACAUGUACAUGCUAUGCAUGCCAUAUGGUGCUGAUAUUAUAACUAGUAAUAGUAGUACAGUCUAGCAGGAAAGACGUGCAUUUCACUUCGGCGCAAACAUAACGGAGAAGUCGCCAAUGAAAAAGAGGGUGACCUAUUGACUAACGUGAACAUCGGGCAUUUUGGCAAGAAGAAAUGGACGGAAGUGACAGAAAUGUGUACCUUUCAUCGGCGAAGACAGAUUUUCUGGUACCAGCAAUUCUUGUUGCCUUUGCAGUGAUCAUUGCAUCAAUUAUUUGCUUUGUUAGCAAGCUGAAUCACAGUGUAGCUGAAAGGCGUGAUCGUCCACAUGUACAAGAAGCAAGGCAAAGAGAUGAAGAUGAAGCAGUAGUAAGAGCACCUGCGCGUAGAGCCAGGGCUGCUAGAAACCGAAUGAUGAGACAAGCUGUCAGGCAAGAAGAACUGGAAGAGGAUGAACAGCAAUUGCAGGAAGAAAUUGACUAUGAAACUGGAGUGACCAAAAAAAUUGGAGCUAAGAAGGCACGCAAGCUUGAAAUGAAAGCAGAAAAGCAGGCACAAAGAGAGCAAGAGUUAGCAGAGAGAGAGGAAAGGAAGCGUCGCCAAGAGAUCAUUGAUGCACAACGCCAACUGGAAGCUGACAAGGAAAAACAAGAGCAAAGUCUCAAAGAAGAAGAAGCAGCAAAGUUGAAGGAAGAGUCGGAGAAGCAAGAAGAGGAAGCUUAUCUUUUACUCAAGGAGAAUUUUGAGGUUCAUGAGGAGGGUUUUGAUAAAGUACUUACUGAAUCAGAGUCACAAAAUCUACUACAGGAGUUCAUAAACUACAUCAAACUGAAAAAAGUUGUACUGUUGGAGGACCUUGGUGGCGAGUUCAACAUGAAGACACAGGAGGCCAUUCAUCGGGUUCAAGACUUGCAAGACCAAGGUUUGCUUACUGGAGUCAUUGAUGAUCGUGGUAAAUUUAUCUUCAUCUCUCAAGAAGAGCUGGAAGGUGUUGCUAAGUUUAUGCAACAGCGAGGUAGAGUAUCUAUUAGUGACCUCGCUGAGGCUAGCAAUACAUUGGUCUUCUUAAACACAGAGAAUGAUCCAACUUUCCAGCAAGGGAUUGUAGCGUGAAUUUAGAGAAGUA